AUGAGUGAGUCGCAAAGUAUCGAUGAAGUUUUCCUUUAUCCGGCCUGUACGAACUGGCUUUGCGCUGACUACUUUACACCUCUACAGAUAUUUCUGCUCUUCUUGCUUACUGGACGAUUCAUUCUGACAAUAAUAAUCCUCUUGCUAGGGUUGAAGAUGGAAAAAGAUUUUAUGAGAUCUAUAACAAUGGCGAUAUUCAUUCCAAUCUCUUUGACGGAAAUCUUCAACAUUUACUCCGAAAUAGUGGCCUAUAUCAGCUUAUUUGCGGAAAGCGAAGAGCAGUACGAUCACAUAUUUAAUACCUUCUUGGGAUGGACGCAUAGCCUUCUCUAUGUGAUCUAUGAUUAUGUUCACUACAACAUUUUAAUUAUGCUUAUAUUACUGCUGUACUGCUGUCGACUCGCUUAUCAAGCAGAAGAACGAAUCAAAGCUUUUCCCUUGAAAAAGUAUAAUCAGAUACGAAUUGAAGCCAUUGAAUGUUCCAGUACGAUCUGUGUUGUGGCUCAAAUUAUUCCGUUCUUUCUCUGCGUGGUAUACUACAUUUCCGAUGGCACCACGGAUGUCGCUCUGAGAGUUCUCUCCAUCUCGUCACGAGUGGUGAUGAUCGUUGGAUUCGUUAUCAUCAGUGCUCAGAUAUUAACAUCAUUCUUCCUACUGAGCACUGAGCUGCCAUACACUCAUGCGAAUUCAACGGACAUGCAGUUACGAGAUGCCCGAAGUCGAUUGGCGUGGACGCUUGUCUACUUAAUUCUACCUUAUAUUGCAUUCAUUCCAUUUCUCGUUAACGACUUCGCCUGGUUAAUUGCCUUCAAUGGGAACGCUGAUCCAACAAUGAAAGUUGUGAUGUCUAUUUGCGAAAUGAUCCAGUUCAUUAUUCAAUUUCAUCGGCCUUUAUUCAUGAGCAUAAUCACUGUCGCAUUUCUACCUCCCUACAGACGUGCAAUGCUACUGACAGUACUAUGCUGUGGUUGCUGCCCGAAACUGCAAAUCGACCCUCUGCCAAGAAAACCGAAUGAUAUGAGUCUUAUGUAUCGAUAUGCUGAUUUUUGA